AUGUUGCAGGUCCUGCAUGUUUCUGUGCUGUGGUUCUACCUUCUCCUCCCCUCGCUGCUAUGCGACAACCUGCUCUGCUACUACAGCCCCAUCCUGGAGAAGGAGGAAACGGUGCAGCUCAUUGUGACAGAGUGCCCUCCUAGUGAGCAUUGCUUCAAGGCAGAUGGUCGCUACGGCAAUCACAGUGCCCUGUCGGCUAGGGGCUGCAUGGCAGAGAAGGACUGCAGCCAGGUGCACAAAAUCCGCCUCAGAGGAACUGUCUACAUCAUGAGCUACGCCUGCUGUGACAAGCCGUACUGUAACUCCUGCCUGGCCGUCAAAGCCAAUCUCCUCUCCAUCACUGUAACACUUGUCACUGUGGCUGUGAUGGUUGGCAGCUUGUGA